UGGUCUGUACCAGUAUGAUAUUUAUAACGCCAAUUGCUGCCUUUGUGAACAGUCGGCUCAGGUUGCAUUGCACUAGCAAUAAUAAUUUCAGCAUGCUCAGUUGGAAAAAAACACCAGUUUUUCUGAUUGUCCCAUUCAGUUUAAAUACAGUGACAUAUCUGAUCCUCAUUAGUGGGCUUCAAGGUGAGAUUAUUAUAUUUAUAUUAUUUUAUAUUAUUUAAAAAAAUGUUGCAUUAACAGUAAACUCUCCUUUAUAUAUAUAUACUCUCAUAUAUUUAAUAUGUAAAUUAUGAGGAUGAUUAAGAUCUGGCUACUUGUCUGCAUCAGUAACUGCACCAUAAAAUAACUAUUAAAAUGUAAAUAUCUACUCUGAGAGGAUGAACACUACCAGUCGCUCGGUUCUGAGAUUUAUCAAGUGUCCUGCAUUUUUUUUCCCAUCUUUAUGAUUUGGUGCAGGCUCAGUGGUCCCUCUGCCUGCUCCUGCUUCUGCUCCAUCUCCUGCUCCUGCCCCUGCUCCUCCUUCAGUAGUGUACAGCGGGACACUCUGCAGUUCGCUUAUCCCGUUCCCUCCCGUCGCCUUUUACGCGCACGACGUCUGCAGCCACAGUGAUUCAGUGGAGCCCGUCUCCUCCGCACGCUCCCAGCUUUUGGAUGAAGACUCUUUCAACAACACUGUUUCGAUGGCGAAACAAAGCCGGUUCCGCUGUCUGUUCUCAUUUUAAAGGACGACAUAUUUUUCCUUCUCUGAUCUUAUUUCUUUUUCCGCACACGACUCGUUUUUUUUAACACAAUGUGGGACGCGCGUUCUCUGCGCAGCGCCCGGGGAGUGCUCCCUUCUCCAGCCGUGGCCGCUUGACUGAACCGGGUAUCCCGGCUCGUUUUUCCAUCCGCUGCUCCCCGAGGAACAAGAGGAGUUUGCAUGCAAACGGUGGUUUAUCUCGACAAGCCAUGGAGGGACUUGUAUAAAGAGGACCCGACAUAACUCAACAUUUUUGGCCUUUUGUUUUUGCCAUUUUUUAUUUUCGUCUCAUCACAAUAUCACCCCAAGACACGUCUCCCCGUCCGUCAGCAUGGCUGAGAAGCUGGAACCAGAAGGGCUCAAGCCCCCCAACAUCAAAAGUGCUCCAUCACUGCCCCCGGAGCCCAUAGACAUCAUUCGCACCAAAGCACGCUCUCGUAGGGUCCGUCUUAACGUUGGCGGUCUGAACCACGAGGUGCUGUGGAGGACCCUGGAUCGUCUGCCCAGGACCCGUCUGGGCAAGCUUCGAGACUGCAACACCCACGAAUCCCUGAUGGAAGUGUGUGACGACUACAGUUUGAACGAAAACGAGUACUUCUUUGACCGGCACCCCGGUGCUUUCACUUCUAUUCUGAACUUCUACCGCACCGGUAAGUUACACAUGAUGGAGGAGAUGUGCGCCCUUUCCUUUGGCCAGGAGCUGGACUACUGGGGGAUUGAUGAGAUCUACCUGGAGUCCUGCUGCCAGGCACGUUACCACCAGAAGAAGGAGCAGAUGAAUGAAGAGCUACGGAGGGAGGCAGAGACGAUGAGGGACCGGGAAGGAGAGGGAGAGUUUGAUAACACCUGCUGCCCAGACAAACGGAAGAAGCUGUGGGAUCUCCUGGAGAAGCCCAGCUCCUCUGUGGCUGCCAAGAUUCUCGCCAUCAUCUCAAUCCUCUUCAUCGUCCUCUCCACCAUCGCUCUGUCUCUCAACACUUUACCAGAGCUCCAAGUCAUAGACGAGUUCGGCCAGGUCAAUGACAACCCGAAGCUCGCCCACGUGGAGGCCGUGUGUAUUGCCUGGUUCACCAUGGAGUACGUCCUGCGAUUCCUCUCCUCUCCUAAUAAGUGGAAGUUCUUCAAAGGCCCGCUGAAUGUCAUCGACCUGCUGGCUAUCCUUCCUUACUACGUCACCAUCUUCCUGACGGAGUCCAACAAGAGUGUGCUGCAAUUUCAGAACGUGCGCCGAGUGGUGCAGAUCUUCAGGAUCAUGAGAAUAUUGAGGAUUCUGAAGUUAGCCAGGCACUCAACAGGCCUCCAGUCUCUAGGGUUUACCCUGAGGAGGAGCUACAACGAACUGGGACUUCUUAUUCUCUUUCUUGCCAUGGGCAUUAUGAUAUUUUCCAGCUUAGUUUUCUUUGCUGAAAAGGACGAAGAUGCUACCAAAUUCACCAGUAUCCCUGCUUCUUUCUGGUGGGCAACCAUAACCAUGACCACAGUUGGCUAUGGGGACAUUUACCCACAGACUUUACUUGGAAAGAUUGUGGGGGGGCUGUGUUGUAUUGCAGGAGUGCUGGUAAUUGCUUUGCCCAUCCCUAUUAUUGUGAACAAUUUCUCUGAGUUCUAUAAAGAGCAGAAGAGGCAGGAGAAAGCCAUCAAGAGGAGGGAGGCGUUGGAGAGAGCGAAGAGGAACGGCAGCAUAGUGUCAAUGAACCUCAAGGAUGCCUUUGCUCGCAGUAUGGAGCUGAUGGACGUGGUGGUGGAGAAAGGAGAUGACAAACACAACCUUGAUAACCACCUGUCACCAAACCGCUGGAGUGGCUCAACCAGGCACGCAACCUCUGAACUCAAUCUCAAAUCCCCUGACAAAAGAAACCCAGAGUCCCUGCCCCAAGGUUCUCCUCAACGUAUAACCAUCACCACAACUGGAAGUCCACAGAGGAUGAGCAGAACCCCGCAGCACCUAAAUGUCCGGAAACUGGAGGAGAUGUACAACCAAAUGACCAAGUCACAGUCCUUCACUAACCUGAACACUACGAGCUCCAUGAGCACCCUGAGCACAACCAUGACAGCCCCUGGCUCCCCAAAGAAGUCUCACAAUCCUGAAUACACGUUAAACGAGGAGGUAGAGCUGGAAAUGAAGGAAGUUAAAUUGUCCUCACCACACAAGUUUGCCAGUUCCUCAGCAGGUCUUACAAAACAGGGCUACAACUCAGGUGAGGAACAUGCAGGUCCAUGUCAGAUAAGACACCCCAGGGCACCACCAUUUUUCAGCAACAAUAACUCGAGGUCUCCUCGCAUCAAACAAAAGAAUGGCCUCUACGAAUCUGUCAACACAGGUGAUGAAGCGGAGCUCCAUGUAGACGAAGGGGAGAGCUUCAUCAGUGCUGUGGAGAACAUUCAGAGUUCUCCAAGAGGGAAUAACCCACUCAAAAUAAAGGGGUUGAAGGUCAACUAUUCCAGAACCUCUGCUGAAGGCCCGCUAACACCGCCAAGCACUACCUCUCAUGGAGACAUCAGCUCCAGCAUUUUGGAGGAGUCGCCAGAGGGAGAGAUGUCUUCGCUCAUUGCCAGCUCAGAAGAGCUCCUCCCCAUCUCAAAAGAGGAAACCUGCCCCUUGUCCCCUAAAAGGCUGGUGGUGGACACUCCACCUGGAGAUGAAGAUCCAUCUGGGGAGAACCACGAGGAGAAACAUCUGAUGGACAUGGCUGGAGCCGCAGGUGCACCACUGUCACCCAAAACAGCAGCACAAAAUUGCAACCAAGGAGUAGCUGAAGCCGGAGAGGAAGUGAAAUCUGACAGCAACCAAAGUGGACACAAAGCAGAGAACCACAUGUUUACAUCCGACAUCCACCUGAUGCCCGGGGAGGGCAGCCUAUCUCCCACCUGUGAAACCAGCAUGUGACAAUAGGGGAAGCCAUUAGGGACAAGAGACCCACUCAAACCUCAACCCAGUGUGCGGGACAGCAGCUCAAAGGUGCAGUGAAAGAUAUUUUUGCAUGGCAUGACAAGACCCUUUUACUUGUGUUCUUGUGUACUGCGGAAAAAGGAAAAGGCACAAUUUUUGUGCAAAUGCAAGAGAGACUCUGAAACUAGCAGUGGACUCUACAAAAAACAGAAGGAAUUUAUCAUCUACUGCAGACAUGGUGGUCCUCACAGUGUACAUACUGACAGUCUCCUUUUUUAGAUUAAAAGGAGAAAUGCACAGAGGGACUUAUCUGUAAAAAGCAUGCAUUUAAAAAAAAGACAAGAUAUUUUACGGUGCUUAGUUUACUGAAAGCGCUCCCCUGUAAAUACUAAGACAACUAUGGCAAUGACAAUGCACAGGACGGUAAAGGAAACCUAAUACUGAAGGUACAACUAUUUGCAAUGUGAAAAAAGGGAAGAGAGGAGGGGUUGAACAGAGAGCCCUCAUAACGACGUUGCAUCGUAGCGACUUAUAAGAAAAAACAUAUCAUUACCUUUUGUGGAAAUGCAAAGUGUUCCCAUGAUGACCCUAUAAUGUUAUUUUUUUCUUUUUUGUGUGAAACUGCUAUAUGAAAUCUGUAAUGUUGACAUUAUUGCUUUUACAUUUUUUGUUGUUGUUGAAUUACUUGAUGAGUUGUUGAAGUUUCAGAUAUAUAUCAAUGGAGAAAGGUGGCUGUUUUGAACACACGCAGCCCUGUUUUUAAUGUGAUAGUGUCGUCAGUAAGACAAAAAUACAAACUUUGUUUAUUAUUAGCCUGUCCUACAAACACAACUCUUGAUCAACAUACUAGCUUAACAGAAAAGGCUAACUGUUUGGCCAUGAUUUUGUCUUGGAAGAUACUUAAAAUAUCAUUACAGAUGCUACGCAACAUGAAGUAGUUUGUUGUGAGACACUUGCCUAUAGUCAAAGCUAGUGUUUUUUAAUAGCCCGGUCAGAUGCCUGUAAUAUUAUUCUGACUUCACCGGUAUUGAAGUAAUCGCAGUAACCAGUGUUAGUAACAGUCUAGAAUCUCCUACUUUGUUCUAAAUGCUGAGUAACACAUUUUAAUGUAUUGACAAAAAAGGGUUUUGGGGGGUCCUGGCCUAAAGUUGGUUAUAUUUAGAGGCACAGGUGCUGUCUGUAUAAACACCUAAUGAUCUUCUUCACAAUAUAUGGGUUAGUAAUAGACUGUGGUGUCUCAUUAGAAAACCUCAUGUUGCAAGGCAUUUGUAAGAAUGUUUUGUGCGAGCUUGGCAGUGCAACAGUAAACAAAUACGAACCUAAGUAGGUAGGACAACUAGGCCUGUCUUGGACCAAACCUUGACUUUCUUUCUACUGAAAGAUAUUUUUGUCAUAUUAAACAAGAGCUCAGUGUGUUAAAAACUGCCACAUUCUUCAAAUUAUAAACAUGGGUGAAUGCAAAAACAUGCAUUUCCCAAAAAAAGGGUGUGACCAGCGAGGACAGGAAGUAUCAGAACACUAGAAAUAUUUAUUAUCUAUUUCAGAAGUUAAAUCACGGUUCAACAUGUUUCCCUCCCUGUUGAGCCUUUUUAUUCUACUCAGCAGAACAGAAGUAAACCUUAUCUACUCACUCCAACAGCGAAUAUAUACCUACUAUACGUUUUAUAAAUACCACGUAGAUUAAGUAGCUCUAGAAUGGGAAUAUGCUUUAGGUUUACAAGACUUGGUACACAAGUUCACACAAUUUAAGAAUUCAGCACAGUAGAACAAACCGUGAAAACACGUACAAAAUACGCUUUACACUACAAGUAGCUGCGUUGGUAACUCCAAAGGACAAAACUACCACAACAAUACAACAUUUCUUGUGAUGUCAACGGACCAAAUCAAGCACACUGACAAGAGUUUAUCUAUUUUAGUGUAAUUACAUAUACACUAAUAUCAGUAUACAGUACCAACAGUGUUUACCAUCAGUAAACAAUGAAAGCAGUGAUGUUUCUUUUUCUUAUGGUUUCUAUACCUGCAUUGUGUUCAUUGUCAAACAAAUAUAUAUAUAUAUAUUUAUAUAUAUAUAUAUAAAACCCUCAGCCCCCUGUUGUCAUUGGAUUCAUACUACUGCAAUUUUAUCCUGCUGACUGAAGUUUAAGGCGUUUAUUAUUUUAGUAAUUUAUUGUGUUUUCUUGAUUUUUUUACAAACCUUUUUUUCAGUAACAUCAAAGCCAAACAGUUUUUUGGCUCAUCACUUAUUAAGCUUUCGUUUCUCUCUCUGACUGAACAAUGAUUUGUUUUACGUUGUCUUCAACUUCUGUUCGGUUUCUGGAAGCUGUUUUCUUUGUUUCUCGUUUCAGCAUGACACCUGGAGUAAAUAUGUAGUUUUUCUGCCAAAGCUCCACGACCCUGAACGGUACUGACAAGACACUUUUCUUUUCUUUUCUUUUUUUUCUUAAUACUAUUAUUAUUACAAUUGUCUUUUUUUUCUCACAGAGAGGUGUGGAAUGUGCAAUACCGCAUACUGCAAUCUAUGCAGGCCAAGAAUUGUGGCACUUUAUUUUAUGUCUAUGGGAAUUUGUAAGUGUACAGGCAGAAAUUACUUGUAUUUUUCAAAUGUUAUAUCUGUAAUAUAAGACAAAACAGUAUUACAACCACCGGAAUCUAAGAAAGAAAUUCAAUUGAUAUUUAUUCUUUUUGGUUUUUUUUUCUGAUUCAUUUUGCUGGCAUCAUGUACCUGAAUGCCACAUAUAUCUGGAUUUCAAAUUUGAUUAUCUGUGGAAGUAGGAAUCCAAAUUGACCACUUUGGGCCUUUUUUUAUUGCGGUUAGAUAUACACAUAGGUCUAACACAUAUCGGUGAUGCAGAUAAUCUAACUUCAAUGGCCACACACAAUGGAGUUUAUGUUUUUUGUGACUUAAUGUUGAGAAUGAUUCUAUUUUUUCUAAACCAAAAUAGAGCACGACCACAAUUUCCUGCCAUACGGUGGUUGAAAUGAAGCGUGCCUUUUCAUAACGAUGCUGUUUAUGAAAAGGUAGCGAGUCAUUUUGCUUUGUUCAUAUAGCACUGUACAGAAAAUUCUAAUUUUAUAGGAGAAAUCAGGUCUUUAUGUAAUAGAUACAAAUAAUGUUGUUGAGUUCUCAGGUUUUCUAUAACUCUCUGAUGUUCUGAUUGGAUAGAUUUGUUGUUUUCCUUUUUUCUUUAACAGCUAAUGUCAACCAGUAACUUCUGUACUUUUUGAACGGUGAUGUUGUCAAAUUUAUGUCCAUUGUCUUGGCUCCCGGAUUCAGGAGAGGCAAUAUUUCUCCCUCCUCCUGGGCAAUCUGUGUACCACAUCCAGUAUCCAUGGCCAUCAGUCAUCAGUGAGGCAGGAAGGGGCACAAGUGAAGGGUGGGUUCAAAACCCAGAAACAAAAACUCCAUUUCCAGAAAAGUAAGUUCACUGAUUAAUAACAACUACAAGUUAGCUUUAUAUUGUACUUGAAUUUUGAUGAUCAUACAAAAUUGUGUGAGAAUUUUUUGAAAGGGGACAGAUCUGGACAGAGGUUUGGUCUCUAAAUGUCUUUGAAGCCAUAUUUUUGUAAAGCGUUGCAGAAGUGUUGUGCAUCGUUUUAAAUGUGUAAAAAUGCAUUCAAAAUGUUUAGCUAAAAUCCCCAAAUGUUAAUUUUGACAGGCCCAAUGUAUGUGUAUGUAGGUAUAUAUGUAUGUAUUCUGUAAAUAUACACAUUUAUAUACAUAUAUUUAACUGAUAAAGCUUUGUUAGCUACGUAUGACAGAAAAAUUCAGUGAACAGCAGCAACUGUCUGGAAAUGGAGUUUGUUGACAGUGGGAGAUUGGUGAAUGAAACUAAAUUGACCCAGACAGUUAGAGAUCCCAACUGUCACUUAACUCAUCCAUCCGAUUAUUUCUAUACUGACAAUUCUGUGCUCCAGUUCCUGCCGCUUCUGACACUCUGACCCCCAUAGCAUGCCCCCGGGCACGGUGAUAAGCCGGGAAGAUAUAAAGAAACACUGUGAGAAGAAAAAUAGUCCCAAACGAUCAUUUCACAUCUGUUACGGUGCACUUUUGCUUGAGUCUGUGUUUUCUGCUGUCUGCCCAGGCCCACAUCAUUGGAGUCAGUAACGGGAGAAUCCUCUGAGAGUUCAUUGAGUGGUCUUUGUAACAUGAUGGAUCCCUCUAUUGUACACUGCAAAGCAUAAUGAUGCAGGGUCACUACUUGUCUGUACCUAUGCAUUCAUUUCUGUUCUCUCAUCUAUUGUUUGUAUCUGUCAUGUCUCCAUGUUGCCCUUGAUUAAUCCUUCAUUUUGACAGCUCGGCGAGAGAAACUCGGGAUUUUGAUUGAUGGGCUACAUCCUCUUGGGAUGACGUUUGUGUGCAUCCUGCAAUUAAUCCAGUGAGCUGACAGUGAAAGAACCGUGCGCCGUCUUAUUCUCUCACAAUGACAUUAUCACCUGUGAUACUGUGCAAACACUGAGUGGAAAAGUUGUGUAUUUAUUUUCUCUGAGAGAAUUGGUAUUUUCCGUGUCACUUGUGUGCUUAUGAAUCCUUGCUCCCUGAAGUAACACAUGAAGCUGUAUUUUUCCUUUCUUUGUGUCUCUGUGUAUUCUGCUUCUUACAUUUUUGAGUUGUUUGAGUUUCUCUGUUCAGCGUCAGAGAACAUUAUCAUGAGACACACUCUGAGCUACAGACUGUUUCUGUACAAAGCGACAUCUUCGUAUGCAUGUAGUUGUCUGAACAAUUAUGUGACCACAGAACACUUUGUUAUGGUACAUGUAUGUCGACAUUUCUGCAUUGUUCCCCAUUACAUCUACUAGCAUAUGCAGAAUAACAAAUAAAUGUGUAUAUAACUUAUGUCAUGUGUGUGAGCUUGUGGUUUGUGCUCUCUGCUCCACAAACAAUCUCAUUACUUGAGCAUGGCUACUUUUUUCCAACAUUAGAUUAGAUCAUUACAUACACGCUUAUUAAUCAUCUCUACAUAGCAUUAAUUAAACAUGAUGCUGCAUUUGCUGCAAGGGAGUAUGAGAUGUACAGUCAUAGUUGAAAGUGCAGACAUUGCAGCAAUCUGGCAUGAGUGGAUGAUAAAUGAUUUAUCAGUUGAGGGAAAUGUAUCCCAUUCCAUUAGAUGCAAUUAAUGGAUCUCCACUUUUCUCUUGUGAACCGCCACCAAAAGUGAUCCAUAAUAUAAACAAAGUACUCUCACAAAGAGAAGACGUAACAUGUAAAGUAUU